CGUGGCCAAAGGAAUACUCUUGCAGGUGCGCAACACGGGAUCCCACAACGUGCUGAAAUCUGAGAAUACGAAGAAGAGCCCGGAGUCGUUCUCUCUGGCUCUCAAUUCCGAAGCUUUUCCCAAAUUCUUGCUCUCGGCAGCGACCAUGAGAUCCAAACCGGUUAUUCUCGUGCUUCUGGUUCAUUUAUGCCUCUCCUUUCUCUAUCCGUCUCUCGCCAUCUCACCAGGGUCCAGUGACGGUUUCACCAUCAAUGGUCGGGUGAAGAUUCAAAGUAUGGAUGUAAAAGGUUUUGGUUUUCCUGGAAAAUUAUCAAAUGUCAAAGUUAUACUUAAUGGUGGCCAAAGAGUUACUUUUCUGAGACAUGACGGAUAUUUCUCGUUCCAUGACGUGCCAGCAGGAACUCAUCUAAUUGAAGUGGAUGCUAUAGGCUACUUCUUUUCUCCGGUCCGAGUUGAUGUCAGUGCCAGAUUUCCUGGUAAGGUUCAGGCAGCAUUGACAGAGAACAGGAGGAGUUUGAUUGAGUUGGUUUUAGAGCCGUUGAGAGAGGAACAGUACUAUGAGAUAAGGGAACCCUUCUCCGUUAUGUCUCUUGUGAAAAGCCCAAUGGGUCUGAUGAUGGGAUUUAUGCUGGUUGUUGUGUUUCUAAUGCCCAAACUAAUGGAGAACAUGGAUCCUGAGGAAAUGAAGCGAGCACAAGAAGAAAUGAGGAGCCAAGGGGUUCCCUCUCUGGCAAACUUGUUACCUGGUGGUGCUGGCAGGAGUAAUUAAGGGAUUAGUUUGAAAAAAUUGUGAACCUGUUUUCCCUUCUCAGUUGAAAAGCCUAAAUAUUAUGAAACAUCUAGGUUGGAGCCCUGGAGGUCUUUUGUUCUAUCCAGCAAAUAGGCCCUGAAACAUUUAUCUGAACCCACGCUCUCAAAUUAUACUUCUUUUCUGGAA